GUGCUGGGCAUGUGCUUUUUCUUCGGCGGCAUCAAGUUUCACAAGCAGAAGUACAACGCCGACGGCGCCCGCGUUCAAUCCAACUUGCUGCUGCUGUCGGUGCUGGCGAUGGUGAUCCCUUCACUGGUGGGUCUCGUUUCCAGUGAGGAGGGCAUCUCCCUUGCAAUGUCCAGAGGUGCAGCAAUCAUUCUGACUGUUCUGUACGGCCUCUACCUAGUCUUCCAACUCCGCACCCACAAGGAUUACUUCGAGACGGAGCCAGAAGACGGCGCAGAGGGCGAGGAG